UUCAGACCGCUCAAUUGUAAACAACAUCGGAAAAAGAAAAAUAUAAAACAAAAUGAGUUGUUUAUCAUGUUGCUUGUGCUGCCCCAUAAUUCUCUGGCCGGCUGUCAUUGGCGCGGCUAUGUAUUUUUUGAGAAAAUACAUGCAGGGUGGCCAGUUCAUUAAGCAGACAAAUGAGACCGGAAAAGUGUUUAUUGUCACGGGAGCCAACACAGGAAUCGGCAAGGAGACGGUUCUUGAGAUUGCGAAACGCGGAGGAACCGUCUACAUGGCGUGCAGGGAUAUGAAUCGGUGUAAUAGAGCCCGUGAUGAGAUCAUCAAGGAGACAAACAAUCAGAAUAUAUUCUCCCGGGAAUUGGACUUGAGUUCCUUCGAUUCCAUUCGCAAGUUCGCAGCUGGUUUCAAGCGCGAGCAGGAUAAACUUCAUGUCCUUAUUAAUAAUGCCGGCGUGAUGCACUGCCCGAAAUCUCUAACCAAGGAUGGCAUCGAAAUGCAGCUUGGUGUUAAUCACGUGGGCCACUUCCUGCUCACCCAUUUGCUGCUGGACGUGUUAAAGAAAACUGCUCCUAGCCGUAUUGUCAACGUUUCCAGCUUAGCCCACACACAAGGAUCCAUUAAUGUUAAGGACUUGAACAGCGAGAAGUCCUACAGUAGAAUCGGGGCCUAUAGCCAAAGCAAAUUGGCUAACGUUCUGUUCACUCGGGAAUUGGCCAAGCGCUUGGAGGGUACUGGAGUCACGGUGAACUCCCUGCAUCCCGGUGCUGUGGACACUGAGCUCCUGAGAAAUUGGGGAUUCUUGCAGAAUGACCUCGGACAGCUUAUGAUCAGGCCGCUUCUUUGGACGCUCUUCAAGACAGCUAAGUCUGGAGCGCAGACCUCCCUGUAUGCCGCCCUGGAUACUGACUUGAAAAACGUAUCUGGUCUCUACUUCAGCGACUGCAAAGCCAAAGACGUAUCUAAAGCUGCCAAGAAUGACGAAACGGCCAAGUUCUUGUGGGCUGAAAGCGAGAAAUGGACGGGCGUAGGCACAUCUAAGGUGGAUUGAUUAAGCGGUACUUCGUAUUUCCAGCCAUUUCAUUAUUUAUUUUUUUAAUAAUUUGCACAAUAAUUUCAACUGUUAAAAAUGUAAAUGAACAUUUCGUCUUCGAACGAACCACAACUAA